AACGGGCACCACGUCGUCGCACGGUGUAUUAUGCGCAGCUGUGAGCAAGCUAGAUGCAGUAGAUAAAGCAUCGACAGUGUUCGCUGGUGCUGGUGCUUCGUGCGAAAAUGUGAACAUCGCCGCCACGGCUCGCAAGCUUCGGAGCGGCGAUGGUGUAACGGUAGUUUUCGAAUGACAUAGAACCAAUCCCCCGCCGGGUACAAUGAAACACGAAAGCCAACGGUGGUGAGUGGCGAGCGAUUGAGCGUAGAAUAGUGCAUGUGCGUGUGUCAAUAGAGUAGAAGUGUCGUGCCGUUUGGCACCAAAAGCACCAAAAGCGACCGAAUUAAAGCCGACCCAACCGCGCAAACCAACGUGUGUAGUAUAAUAGUGCAAACCAACGUGUGCAGUAUAAUAGUUGGGCGAGUGAAAAGUGUGAUCCCGUGUAAGCGCAAACCGGCCCAACCAUGUCGACGACGUCGAUUUCCCGUGAAGAGGAGCGCAAGCCGCUGAUGGAGGAGUUCUACCGGCAGAGGAGAAUCCUUCUCGGUUGCACAAUCCUUAUCGGUGUAGCGGCCGUGAUCUGGAUCGUGGCGAUUUCCACCGAUCACUGGUUCAUCGUAACAGGUGGCCAAGGUAUCUUCAUACCGGAAACGCGCCGGUAUUUCAGGACAUCACACUCGGGGCUAUGGAAGAUCUGCCGGUAUGGUGUCAUUCCGGCCGUGAUGGCGCAAUCGAAUGCAACGCGCAACUUCACCACGCUGUCGUUCGUGAAUGAGAACCGCAUCGCGACCAUGCGUUCGUCGAUGGCGAAGGAACCGUACAUCCGAGACUUUCUUGGGACUGACCUGAAGAUGGAGAACCUCACCGAGGUGGAUGACGCCUUCCGGCGGCACCUGUUUGCGGCCUGGAUCGUGGACGAUGUGGACCGUUUCCGUGAGCUGAAGGGCCUGUUUCACGACAUCACGGGCCGCGUACGGCAGCAGGAGAGUGUGGCCGUGCAGAAGCUGAAAAACCCACCGCUCAUGAUGCUCGACCCGACCGAUCUCAACUCGAUGCGCGAAACGCUUAAGGAGCCGGUGGCUGCUGUGUUGACGACCGUCACGAUCAACUCGACCGACAUUAACGUGCUCGUACCGGCCACACUGUCUGAGGCGCUGUUUGACGACUGGGAGCAGCGACCGGGCGUGAUUUAUCUGCUUUGGAGCUUCGCCAAAGCGAUGGACAUCCCGCCGUACAUCGUCAGCCCGAACGGCACCAAGUACAUCAUCCGACCGCCACUGCCACCCAAAAAGGGGCGCAUAGGCAAUGGCUACGAGUACACCCCGUUCAAGAAGUGCAAAUUCCACAACCUCUUCCCGAGUGACGACGAGAUCCAGCAGGACCCUUCCAUUGACGACGAUCUGCUCGACUACAGCCGAACAGAGGCAUCGUUCGCGUGCAUUACCGUCUUCGUGAUGGUGAUGGGCUUCAUCUUUUCGAUCUACACAUUUCUGAAUCCACGUUACAUGUUUAAGCGUUUGGCCGGAGGAAUACACUUCAUAUCAGCCGCGACGAGUAUCGUCGUCAUUCAAGUGCUGGUCGCUUCUGUGGAGUACGAAAAGGAAAACAUAUCCUAUACCUUCCCGAAGGGCGCCAAGUACAGCUACGGCUAUGGAUUCUAUCUGGCAUGGUUCGUAUUUUUGUCGAAUGUUUACGCCGGCCUGACGUUCAUGUGGUACUCGAAGAAAAGGAAAGGCAACAAAGCGGCCACCGAGGAGCUGGGGAUGGCCGACGAGCCCAUCAAUAUCGGUCGAUAAGGCGCGAACCCAACGCCCAUCGGUAGCGAGUGCGUGUGGAACGAAACCAAAGACAACGCGGUCCAUAUCUAAAAGGAAUUCAGUGUAACGCCCAGCAAGGACGAUCCCGAAAAGGAACAGCGCUGGUGCGAGAAAAAUGUGCCCACUAUCGCGCAUUGGUCGUUCAAUUUGGCCUGUUUGAACCUCCCACAGUCCCAUACGUCCAUCAAAGGAAUGGGGGACGAAUGAAAGCAUUAAGACAUUGUAUUUCUUUUAUUUUUAUUUCUUUUACGAAGCAGACCCUUCUAUUUCUAUUUUUUAUAACUCUCUUGUCGGUAUCCCACGUGUAUGUUUUUUUUUAUUUUUGUUUGUUAAUAUUUAACUGUUACGA